AUGCAACGGGGGCUGUUCCAUAUGGACGCCAGACCGUCUGGGGCCCUAGGGGACUCGAGGCUUGGCUCACGAGGAAGUCUAUGGUCUCAGGCAUCAGCUGAAAGCCAUGAAGCCACAGACCAGCUGCCGUUGCAGCGACAUAACAGCGGCAACAGCUGCAGCAGCAACAGCAACUGGGUCGUUUCUGCGGAUGCUCCUCCGAGCCGCAGCGGAUCGCUGCUGUUGCAGGCAAACAACAUAUCCCCAAGGGGCUUCAGUGAAAUAGCUGCUGCAAUCGCGAACCUUAAGCAUCUGCAGCAGCUGAGGCUUGACUGGAAUCCUAUAGGCUCUGAAGCGGACAGCGCCAGUCCCCCGGCGGUACAGGUGCUGUGCGACAGUAUAGCUGGGCUGAAGGCGUUGGCGUUGCUGUCUCUAGUACAUUGUCAGUUGGGGCCUCGGGCUGCUGAUGCGCUCAGUGGCAUCAUACUACAGAACAGCAAAAGUUUACGAGAAAUACACCUCAGGAACAACGCAAUUGGGGAGGAGGGAGCAGCCCAGCUCUGUACUGCACUGAAAACCAACAGAAACCUCACCGCCCUUGACCUGACGGGCAAUGGGGCGAGGCCCUCGACGCUCCGCGAGGUCUCUAGGUGCUGCGCUGACAACAGCAAGAUGCUGGAGCUGCUGCCGCCGCAGCAGGAGGAAGCACUUGGGCUGCAGCACAGCAGCAGCUUGCAGCAGCGGCAGCAGCACCAACAGCAGCAGCACCAGCAGCAACAGCAAAAGCAGCAGCAACAAGUCGAUGACUAUGUGACUCGAAUUGAAGCUGAGCUGAAGAGCACAGAGCAGGGUUUAGGGGUAACGGGUUUUUCUGCUGCAGCAAACUUGAUGCAAGAUGAACGCCGAGAGCUGCUCAAAGAAAACGCCUUUUUAAAGGGGAGCCUGGAGGAGAGGUACAGAGAGCUGUGUGAAUCCCGCAUCAUGGCACAGCAGCAGAAGCUGCAGCUGCAGCAGCAGCAGCAGCAGCAACAGCAGCACCAGCAGCAGCAAGCCAUGCUGCAGAGGCAGCUCCACGACAAGCAGGACACCAACGAGAAGCUCCUCAGCGAUCUUCAGCAAGAGCUGCAGCAAGAGGCACAGCGUCGCCUCCAGGGAGAGAAAGAGGCACUAGAAGAGAAGCAAAGCAUUACAGCCAACCUGACGAAGGCUGAACAAAAGGUGGAAGAGCUGAAGCAAAAGCUGCAAGAGAGAAAGGAGACCGAAGAGCUGCAGCAGCAGCAGCAGCAGCAGCUGGAGCAACGAGUUACCGAGCUGCAGCAAGAAGCAGCAGCAGCAAGAGCAGCAGCAGAAGAACUGCAAACAAAGAUGCGCCACCUCGCAGCAAGGGCUGCAGCAGCAGAAGCAGAGCAGCAGAGACAACGCGAUAUCCUAAACUGUCGUCAGAAGGCGCUGGAGCAGAUGCAGCAGCAGAUGAAGGAGCAGCAGGAGAAUCACCUAAAGGCACAGGAGACCCUGAAGUCAGCAGCAGCAGCAGCAGCGGCCAAGGCAGACGAGCAGCUGCAGCAAGUACAACAGCAGCUACAGCAACAGGAGCAGCAACAGCAGCAGCAGCAGCAGCAGCUACAGUCUGCACAGGCGGAAGCUGUGAAACAUGAAGCAAAUCUAAGGGCCCUCAGGGAGGCCCACGCACAGCUGAAGGAUGAGCUGAGAAAGGCUCAGGCGGAGUGCCAGCGCGCGCAGGAAGAAGGCCGGCUAGCAGCAGCACGGCUGCAGCGGCAGCAACGCGAGUGGCAGCACCAGCGAGAUGACCUCUGCGUCCGCCUCCGGGGCGGCAUAGAACAGCUGCAGGCCGUGCUGAGUGCUGCUAGGCACCAGGAAGCAGAGAUGCAGACGCUGUAG